GGCCAGCUGAAUGCGCCCCUCCCUGUCUACGACAUCAAUCAUACACCUGACAAACAGGGGUCGCGCAACAUCUGUCGCAAGGCCUGUUGCUACAUCAUCGGACAGGAUUGCAUUCGCGGCAGCAACCUAGACCACGAGAGUCUACCCGCCUACCCGAACGAGCACCGCCGAGCAGAUCCAGCGCACGUCGCGUUGCACCGUGCCAGCUGUAGGGACACUUUGAUUAACACAACUUUUUCCUUCACCUCCUUCGCGACCAUAAAGAUGCCAGCAUUGAGGGCUUGCUAGGGAGGAAAGCGACUCGGACGAUAGUACGGUCAUGUCCGUUGCCAACUACAAUUUUGUCGCAGCGGCAGACAUGCGACCGGCAUGCGAUAAUAGCUCGAGCUACCGCUUAGUGAUGCGCCAGCAGCCGCGACAGGCGCGCGCGUGCAGCAACAAGGAACGCGAGCGCAAACCAAUUGACCCACCGCCCGUUGUCCAAGUCUUGUAUGGCCAAGCUGACAAGACGCGCAACUACAUGCAGAGCCCAUACAUGUUUGUUGUGGCAGAUCUCGUGCGAUUGCGGCAAGAAGGCUCUUUGCCUGCUGAUAUUGCAAGCGGCGCAGACUUGCUUGGCACGGUCGUUGGGUCGCUCAACAAACUACGUGAUCCAGACGCCGAGGAUGGUGGCUUCUUCAUCUUUAGUGAUAUUUAUGUCAAGCACGAGGGACUGUAUCGACUACGCUUUACGCUAUUUGAAAUUAAUCCACGCUCAAGCCUCAAGUCUGGCGCUGCAGAGGUGGCAUACAUUACGAAUGUCUGGUCUGAGGACUUUAGGGUCUAUGGCAUCAAGGACUUCCCUGGACCCUUGCCAUCGACCAAGCUAUCCCGCAUAUUUUGCGAACAAGGUGUCCGUUUGAAGUUGCGGAAAGAGGCAAGA